AUGCCGCAGGGGGAGGGUUCUCACGCCGCACGGGGCGGAGCCCUAGGACUCGGGGCGGGACGUGAAACCGAGGCGGGUGGGUCCUCUGAGCUGGUGCCAGUGGAAGGCGGAGCUCCGAGGCUAGGGGCGGGGCUGGGGCUAGUGGGGGGCGGAGCCUGGCUCUUGGAGGAGGAACUGGAACAGGAGGAAGGCGGAGCCUCGGGUUUGGGGACCGAAGGUGCCGGAGCCCAGGCGGUGGGGUCGGGGCUUCAGCCGGUAAGUGGCGUGGCUACAGGUCAGGAAAAGAGGUCUAGUUCUGUCGAGGGCGGGGCUCCAGGGCCGGGGGCGGAACCACGCCCCCUAAAAGGCGGGGCCAAGGAGCCCAGUGAAGGGGUAGGUCCAGGUAAUGGCCCGGGGCGUCCACGCGGGGGCGGUCUCCGUGGCGGCCGGGCCUGGGGUCGCAGUAGGCCGAGAACUCCCCCGGGAGAGGUGGUGUGGGUGGAGCGGGCUCGGCGGUCACCCGACGCGGGGCCUGUCUGGGUGCCCCGCAGACCCCCGAGGGCUCAGAGUUGGGGCGGCGCCCCGGGCGGAGGCGCAGGGCCGGCCUGGGGGGUAUCCCUGGCGGAUCGGGGCUCCCCGGAGCCAUCCAGCGGCGAUGUGUGGGUGCCUCGGGGUCGGCCCCCUGCAGCGGCCGCAGAGAUGUGGGUGUGCUGGGCGGGGGGCAACUGCGUGUGGCGUGAGUGGGGUCCCCCAGGCGAGGCAACUGCUGUGCAGCCAGAUAGGGUCUGGACUUUGCGUAAAGGGACGGGUGGAAAUUAA